CCAAGACCUCCACGACCCCUGUCUCCUUUCAAGUCUCUCAACUGACCGUUACAUUAUCGUAGAGGGUGGGAUUUCAUAAGUAACGGCAACCACGAAACGACGCCGCACGACUAUUUCCCGAACCAGGUCCUCCUUUGCGCAUAAGUUAUUGACCCUCAAGGCCACGCUCCCACUCGCGCGUGAAAUCACAGUCCCAUCUCCUUGGCCCUCACCAUCACCACCGCAUCUAGAAAGCCGCCAGAUCUCUUACCAUACGCGCUGAGAAAAUUACUCGGUAAAUCGAAAGAGCAAAAGAAACCAAAUUCGCAAAUCGCUCAAAAAAGAAAAGAAAUUUAAAAGAAAAAAAAUGAAGACAGGUUCGAGGGGGCGUUGAAUACGCACGCACUUCCUCUGGCUCAUACGGUGUUUAAACCACCACCAAACCAGAGAACAAGGGAGAAGACGACGAUUGAAGACCGAUCGGAGAAUAUUUGUUGGAAACGACUCAUCGUUGAGUUCGGAUCGGGUCGAAGAUGAGUGGAUGGAAUCGGUCCUCGAGACCGCGGCUGGGUCGCAAUUCGAAUUCGCAGCCCGAGCGUACGUCAACGGUUCGACUUGGACGAGUCCAGCCCCAGGCGCCGGGUCACCGCACUAUUUUCUGCAAUGAUCGCGAGGCCAAUCUCCCCGUCAGAUUCCCGGGGAAUUCUAUAUCAACUACGAAGUACAACUUCUUUACGUUUUUGCCGAAAGGACUCUUUGAACAGUUCAGGCGGGUAGCUAAUCUCUACUUUCUCACGAUCUCAAUUUUGUCAACAACGCCAAUCAGUCCUGUGCAUCCUGUAACCAAUGUGGUUCCUCUGAGUUUGGUGCUUUUCGUUUCUCUUGUUAAGGAAGCAUUUGAGGAUUGGAAGCGCUUCCAGAAUGAUAUGACGAUAAAUAAUAAUUCGGUUGAUGUCUUGCAAGAUCAGAAAUGGGAAAGUAUUCCCUGGAAAAAGUUGCAGGUUGGAGAUAUUGUCAGGAUUAAGAAGAACGGAUUCUUCCCUGCAGAUCUACUAUUUCUUGCUAGUACAAACCCUGAUGGUGUCUGCUACAUUGAGACUGCAAAUUUGGAUGGGGAAACUAAUUUGAAGAUAAGAAAAGCAUUAGAAAAGACUUGGGAUUACUUGACUCCUGAGAAAGCAUCUGAAUUCAAAGGAGAAGUGCAGUGUGAACAACCUAACAAUUCGUUAUACACAUUCACUGGCAAUCUCAUCAUUGACAAGCAAACAUUACCUCUCACUCCAAACGAAAUUAUGUUGCGAGGGUGCAGUCUCAGGAACACUGAGUACAUGGUUGGGGCUGUUAUAUUUACAGGUCAUGAAACCAAGGUUAUGAUGAAUGCCAUGAAUGUUCCGUCCAAAAGAAGCACAUUGGAGAGGAAACUUGACAAACUUAUACUCGCACUUUUUGCUACUCUCUUUAUGAUGUGUCUUAUUGGAGCCAUAAGCAGUGGUGUAUUCAUCAACCACAAGUACUACUACUUAGGUCUCCGGGGAAAAAAGAAUGAGGACUCAGCAUACAGCUCAUUUGACCCUGAUAACCGUUUUCUGGUUAUCAUUCUGACGAUGUUUACCCUCAUUACUCUCUACUCAACUAUAAUCCCUAUUUCACUUUACGUUUCUAUUGAGAUGAUCAAAUUUAUUCAGUCUACCCAAUAUAUCAAUAAUGACUUGCGUAUGUACCAUGUUGAAAGCAAUACCCCUGCCUUGGCUAGGACUUCAAAUUUGAAUGAGGAACUUGGACAGGUGGAAUACAUUUUUUCUGAUAAAACUGGAACUCUAACAAGAAACUUGAUGGAGUUCUUCAAGUGUUCAAUUGGAGGAGAGGUCUAUGGAACUGGUGUCACUGAAAUAGAAAGGGGAGUAGCACAGCGGAAUGGUAUAAAACUUGAUGAGGGGUACAAGUCAGCCAAUACCGCGCAUGAGAAGGGAUUUAACUUUGAUGAUGCCAAGCUUAUGCGAGGAGCUUGGAGGAAUGAGCCUAAUCCUGAUCUUUGUAAGGAAUUCUUCAGAUGCCUUGCUAUAUGUCACACUGUGCUUCCUGAGGGUGAAGAGACCCCAGAAAAAAUCACAUAUCAAGCUGCAUCCCCUGAUGAGUCCGCUUUGGUGAUUGCUGCAAAGAACUUCGGCUUCUUCUUUUACAGACGUACUCCUACUACGAUAUAUGUUCGUGAAUCUCACAUUGAGAAAGUUGGUAAAAUACAAGAUGUGUCUUACGAGAUUCUAAAUGUGCUUGAGUUUAAUAGUACGAGGAAACGUCAGUCUGUCGUAUGCCGUUAUCCAGAUGGCAGGCUUGUCUUGUACUGCAAGGGUGCUGAUAAUGUAAUAUACGAGAGAUUGGCUGAUGGACAGGCUGAUCUUAAAAAAGUAUCUAGGGAACACUUGGAACUAUUUGGAUCUUCUGGACUACGUACUCUUUGCCUGGCCUAUAGAGAUUUAAGCCCUGAUAUAUAUGAAAGCUGGAAUGAGAAAUUUAUUCAGGCUAAAUCCUCUCUACGGGAUCGUGAAAAGAAGUUGGAUGAGGUGGCUGAACUUAUAGAGAAAGAUCUCAUUUUCAUUGGAUGCACUGCCAUCGAAGAUAAGCUUCAAGAAGGAGUUCCAAAUUGUAUAGAAACUCUUUCAAGAGCUGGUAUUAAGAUUUGGGUGCUAACUGGGGACAAGAUGGAAACUGCAAUAAAUAUAGCUUAUGCAUGCAAUUUGAUCAACAAUGAAAUGAAACAGUUCGUUAUCAGUUCAGAAACUGAUGUAAUUAGGGAAGUUGAGAACAGGGGAGACCAAGUGGAAAUUGCACGUGUCAUUAAAGAAGAAGUCAAAAAACAGCUAAGGAGGUGCCUCGAGGAAGCACAGAACUAUCUUCACACUGUUACUGGACCAAAAUUAGCACUUGUGAUAGAUGGGAAAUGUUUGAUGUAUGCCUUAGACCCCAGUCUACGCGUGACACUACUCAACUUGAGCUUGAAUUGUAACUCUGUUGUUUGCUGUCGAGUUUCCCCUUUACAGAAAGCACAGGUGACGAGUAUGGUAAAAAAGGGUGCACGGAAGAUAACACUUAGCAUUGGUGAUGGUGCCAAUGAUGUGAGCAUGAUUCAAGCUGCUCAUGUUGGCGUUGGAAUAAGUGGGCAAGAAGGAAUGCAAGCAGUGAUGGCUAGUGAUUUUGCUAUUGCUCAGUUCCGCUUUCUUACUGAUUUACUGCUUGUGCAUGGACGGUGGUCAUAUAUUAGAUUAUGCAAGGUUAUUACAUACUUCUUUUACAAGAAUCUUACAUUCACUUUGACUCAAUUUUGGUUCACCUUUCAAACUGGAUUUUCUGGUCAAAGAUUUUAUGAUGAUUGGUUUCAAUCACUGUAUAAUGUCAUAUUCACAGCCUUGCCUGUAAUCAUUGUUGGCCUUUUUGACAAGGAUGUCAGUGCAUCCCUGUCCAAGAAGUACCCUGAACUAUACAGGGAGGGAAUAAGAAAUGUCUUUUUCAAAUGGAGGGUUGUGGCAGUAUGGGCUUUCUUCUCUGUUUACCAAUCUUUAGUCUUCUAUUAUUUUGUCACGACCUCCAGCGAUAGUGGUCAAAAUUCAUCUGGAAAGAUGUUUGGAAUUUGGGAUGUCAGUACAAUGGCCUUUACUUGUGUAGUAGUGACUGUCAACUUGCGUCUGCUUAUGAUGUGUAAUUCAAUCACAAGGUGGCAUUAUAUUAGUGUUGGAGGAAGCAUUUCAGCGUGGUUUAUAUUUGUCUUCGUAUAUUGUAUUAUAGAUCAUAAGAAAAAUCUGUAUUAUGUCAUAUAUGUCUUGAUGAGUACCUUCUAUUUCUACCUGACACUUCUGCUAGUCCCCAUUUUUGCGCUAUUCGGCGACUUUGUUUACCAAGGGAUCCAAAGAUGGUUCUUCCCUUUCGACUACCAGAUUAUUCAGGAAAUGCACUGGCAUGAGCCAGAAGGUAGAAGCAGGGAUGAUUUACUGGAAAUUGGAAACCAGCUCACGCCAGAUGAGGCAAGGAGCUAUGCAGUAGCUCAACUCCCAAGGGAGGUAUCGAAACACACUGGGUUUGCUUUCGACUCGCCGGGAUAUGAGUCCUUUUUCGCUUCCCAGCUAGGAGUGCAUGCCCCUCAAAAGGCAUGGGAUGUUGCUCGGAGAGCCAGCAUGAAGAGGACAGUGAAAAAGAAAUAAACUGAAACAAGGGUUAUUUUUGUAUAAAUUUUCAUUUUGAGGUUGAGGCGUAGGAAAAUUUGUAAAUUAGCUGUGCCAUAUCACUAGAUCUAGUUCUUCGAUAUACUUUUCCUUCCACCUCUAGUAUUUGUUUUGUCUUCCAGGAACUGUAGUGGUACUCAGGGUUUGUCACGGUUGUACAUUUACAUGAUGUAAACCAAGAGAAACUCCAUUCUUUUUGAUAGUGCAGGCCAAACUGUUCCUCUACUUUUGAUUCUAUAAUUUAUUCUUUUAUCUUCUUUUAAUGAA